CCCUGGGGUCCCUGGACCCCACUUUAAGAACCACUGACUUAAUGCACACACACUACUGUAUGUGAAUGUGCAGCUUAAUUAUGUAAACAUUCGUAAACCCCUGUUAAAUUUAAUUACGCCGUAAAAUUAAGAUUCUUGCAGUCGUCUUUGCAGUAAGUUCAUUUCUUGACGUGACCUUGAUAGAUGUUUGCAAGGACCGUCACUCUGGGGUUGGGAAGGUUCAACAUUCCUCUCAAGUAGUGUUGAGGGAAGGGCUGAGCUUAUAAAGACCCCUUGAAAGUGGAAGUGACCAGUUCCCAGCCUCCAGUUACAGUUACAGCAGAUACAGAAGCGUCAACAUGAGCCGCAGUCCAGAGAGGAUGUCUUCGUACCGCCGUCAUUUCGAAGGCACCCUGGAGGCUCUUCCUGCCUACCAGAUCCGGGUGUCCAGUCCGUCUCCCACUCGCAGGGAGACCCGUCGUCGGUCGGCCAGCUUCACCCGAAGUGACAAAACAAUGGGGCUCAGGGCCACCUCCAAGUCUGGCAUGACCAGCAGUGUGAGUAUGGGAACGUUGUGCGUUGGUAUGUCCAUGGGGCUCGAGCCAAAGCUGGACUUGGAUGCGGCUGCAGCAGAGAACCAGGCUUUUAUGAUGACUCGAACCAAUGAGAGGCAGGAGAUGGUAGCUCUCAAUGACCGCCUGGCAGCGUAUAUUGAAAAGGUCCGUACACUGGAGUCACAAAACAAGCGACUGGAGGCUGAGAUUGAGGACCUGAAGAGCCGCUAUGUCAGGCCAUCAGGCCUCAUGCAGCUAUACGAAUCACAGCUGAAGGAACUCCACAGGGAUGCUGAGCAAAUAAGAGUCCAGAGGGAUGUGUCUUUGGCAGCCAAGGAGGCUAUGUUGGGCCAGUUGGACACGCUGAAGAUCAAAUAUGAUGAGGCUGUUGAGGCGAGGAAGAAGACGGAGCAGGAGAUUGAGGCUCUCCGUCCGGAUGUGGAUAAAGCCACUUCAGUACAGAUUGCGCUGGAGAAGCAGCUGGAAAACCUGGAGGUUGAGCUGGCCUUCCUACAGAGAGUUCAUAAGGAGGAAAUUGAGGAGCUGAUGCAGGAGAUCUAUUCAGCAAACUCCAAAGUGGCCCUGAGCUUUGGUCUCCCAGACCUCUCCUCUUCUCUCAAACAGAUCCAAUCUCAGUACGACAGCAUCGCUGCCAAAAACCUACAGGAAAUGGACACUUGGUACAAGACAAAGUUUCAGGACCUGAGCAACGCCUCCACCAAACACAUCCAAAGUGUUCGCAGUGUGAGAGAGGAAAUCGCAACCUAUAAGAAGGAUAUCCUCAACAAGGAACGCGAAUUGGAUACACUGACGACAAGGAGUGAGUAUUUGAAAGCUCAGAUCCAUGACAUGGUGGAGAAAUACAAGAAGAAGGAGGAAGAUCUGGAGGAGCGUAUAGACGUGAUUAAACUGGAUCUGAGGAUGACCAAGGAGAAGAUUGCUCUGUUGCUGCGUGAAUACCAGGACCUACUGAAUGUCAAGAUGGCUCUGGAGAUGGAGAUCACCACCUACAGGAAACUGAUCGAGGGAGAGGACAGCCGUCUGAGCACCACGGUCCUUCACCUUUCCUUGACUGGAGCCCUGCCUCUGACUUCCACUGUCAAUCUGCAUGCUGCUUCAGCUUCAGUCUCCGCCGUUGGUGACACAGCCAGAAAAGGGGCAGAGAAAGCUCCAAGUGCAAGUGGAGACACCCAGACAGAUGGUAACUUAGAGAAGCAGGCAACUGAGACAUCUGAGAGGAAGACUCUGCUCAUCAGAACAGUUAAGACAGAAGAGGACACUUAUGAGAGCAACACACAGGAGCGCACCAUCACCAUUUCUGGAGCAGCUGACGAUAUAGAAGAUUAGACCUGAGCGACUCUUACUGACUAUAUACUGUACAUGUUUCAUGUCAUGUUAUUUAGGUUUUUUCCAGUGCUUUUAAAUCUUAGAAUUCAAUAUUGAUUUUAAGAAAAAACACAUUGUGCAGCAAUGAGAGGAAUUUCCAACUUGUACACAAAUAACACACCCAUUUUAAGAAAUUUUGCAUUUUCCACUGAGACUUUUCACUAAGAGAGAUAAGCACUGUGUCCCGUCGCUCUGCUCUGCCUGCUCCUAACUCUUUGUCAGCCUCUCUACUCUUUAACUCCUCCUGUGUGUCAGGAAUGUGUCUUUCAAAGUAACGAAAAAUAAACAACAAGCAAUCAUGGUUAUGGUUUUCAUUUCAAUCAAAAGAUGCGUGCAGUCAUAAGUGUUGUUUUCUCUUUUUGCAUUAUUUAUUCAAUAAUCUACCCAACAUUCAUGUAAACCUUCAAUUUCACCAUUUUAAUUUGAAAAUUCCUUACUUUAACUGUAGUAGGAAGUUACAGUAUGAUAAAAUGUUUAUUGAAACCCACAUUAAAACCUCCCAGAAACGGAAAUGAAUAAUUAUGAUAUAUGUAUCCAGUAUAGCAGCUUAUUUAUGUUACAAAUUAACUCAUUAUUUUUAGGCACAUGACAGCCUGUUUGAGAUGCAAUAACAAGCCAAGAGUACCAUUACUUAAUGUAACAUAAAACCUUUUCAUUGUGUUCCAGUGCCCCCCAUAUCUUGACAUAGAAAUACAGAAAAAUAGAAAUCGGAGUGAAGAACUAAGUGCAAUUAACAGUACAAAAUGAUUUGGCACCUUACCAAAAUAAAAACCAUGAUAUUUUGAUAUAUUAUGACUGUAGAAAAUGAUGUUAUCAACUGGAAUUGCAUU